GUUCGAUUAACCCUAUCACCGCCGCGGCCGUCGUGAGAACCGGUGUGCUAUGCUUUCACUUUCCGUCGCGUUUACGAGUUCGUGAGCAAAACGUAACUGGUUGUUCGCGGCACGGGCGUUGCGCAAUCGCGGACAAUGCGCGCCCGGGCCGGGUCGGAGAUCGUGCGGCGGCCGUAAAACCGCACCCGCGUCUUCGACACACCGGUACACCGGCUCCAAGUCUCCUCGGACGCACUCCGCGCACAGUGAUCCUCAGCCCAUCGAACAGGACGGCCGUCUACGCGAUACGACCGGGACAUGGAGUACAACCGCGUCCUGGCGGUGCUGACCGCCGUUUUCCUGCACGCAGAUGCAUUGUUCGUAACAACAGACAAUAACGUCCAGGAAAUAGAAAAAGUUACAUUAAUAAAUGAACCGGCUGUUUCGAAAAGACAGGUUGAUUUCCAAAACAGCAAUUUCGAUCAGCAACAGAUUCCACAGGAAUAUUUCGAUUUCAUCCAACAAACAGAUUCGACGGCGAGCAGCGUACAACAGUCCGGGCAACAAAAUAACGUGCAACGGCCAGCUUUCGUACCUGGAUCGCUGUCGGGAGUUUUUCCGCCGACGACCACGACCACCCUAUCGCCGUUCGCGGUCCAGCAAAAGCGGUUUCAAGAAGAGUACGCGAGGAGAACUCUAGUCGAACAGCAAACCGCGUUGCUCAGAGCACAGCAAAGGCAAUUGGCUCAAUCACUGCCUGCGACUCAGUUGCCCGUUCAACCGUCAUCUGCACCCCGACCACAGCAACCGCUACGGUUCGUAGAUCCCAACGGACAAGUGCGUCAACAGAACUUCUUACCAAGGCAACAGGACUUUAUCGGGCAGCAGCAGCAGCAGCAGGACUUCGUCUUGCAGCAGCAGCAAGAUUUCGUCGGGCAACAGCAGGACUUUGCCGUAGUGCAACAAAAUGACUUCGCAGCACCCCCACAACCGGUGUUCGCCGAGCCCCAGCAACAGGAUUUCACGGCACCCCAACGACCGGUGUUCGCUGAGCCUCAGCAACAGGAUUUCGCGACGGCACCGAGACGUGUAAAGAACGCAGUACCGGCGGAAGGCACCGAGCCGUUUUCAUACGCUGAGGUCCACUUUGGACCGACGCCCGAACGGAACAAACCGGUAGUCAGCCAACCGAAAGGCCAAAGAUCCGUUCCCAGGCCGAGGGUGAAUAUUGUGCAACCGGAGCCCAUUUCCCAGCAGACCAUCGACCGUCCGGCGACCGUGGUCAAUCCGAUGGCGCAGUUCAACACGCAGCUGCUGCAGAACGUGGUCUACAUUCAGCCAAACGGACAGAUAUACAAACCGACCGAGGAAACCGAACCGGUGGUGCAGAUACCGCGAAAAAAUCACCACUACCAGCCGAUCGAUUCCGGUGCCGUAGUCAGCGACUCGUCCACGACUGCUGCCACGAGUCUAGCGGAGGAGGAGGAGCCGAUGAUAGUGAUACCCAGGCCAAAGAAGCCGGUGGUCAAUCAGAGGCCUAGACACGAAGGCCGGAAAGCCGGAAACAGAGCUCAACAACAACAGCGACAGCAAAAACAGCAGCAGGAGCAGCAGGAGCAGCAGCAACAGUCGUCUGAAGUUGAACCGGACAAUUUUCUCUCAUCACUGCUGAGUCGGCUUCAACAGCAACAGCUCGAGCAACAGCAACAGCUUGAAAAACAGCAAACCGUGCAGGUUGUUACCGCGCCCAGAACUGGGGGCAGCAGCAGCAGGACCAACCAGAAGCCGAAGGGUGGCAACCGGGCCGUGGGCUCCAAGUACUUGGCGGACAAGAAUCAGUUGCAGCUGUUGCAGUUCCCGCACGAGCUCAAGUCGCUGAGCAGUGCCGAGCUCAGGGUACUGGAACAGGCCAGCGCGCAGAUCGCCGUCGCCAACGACAAGUCGGUCGAGCGGAAGCACGUGCACCGGACUAACAGCAAACCGGCGGUGACCAAGGUUACUACGGUUGUUCCACCGCAUGAGGGCCUUGACCAACUUCAGCUUCAAAACCGCAACCGACCCGUGCCCACACCGGUCGAGCUUAACGAGCAGCAGCGUCAGUUCUUGGCCGCCCAGGGCAUCCGGAACUUGUAUCGGGUGGACUACGACCAGGCCGGAAACGAGUUGCCGCUGACUUACGUGCUGGCGCUGGACAAUAACCGACCCGGCAGCCAACCACCUACUCAUAAUACCUUCGAAUAAUAUCAUUUGUUGUGUGUUAUAGAAAACGUGCCUACUAUUAUGUAUAGAAAAAAAUAUUUUAUUGUAAGCUAUAUCAUUAGAAUUUUUUUUCUUUUUUUAUGUAAAUAAUCUA